AUGAGCGACAUCACCCUCAUGAGGAUCAGUGACUCAGAGAAAGAGCGCAUGCUGAGGGAAAGCCAGCAGAAACCAGGGCCGUAUGCCGCCUUGCUCUGCCACGCCAUGAUCCCCGAGUACCUGAUGCUAGCCUGGCGUGGAAAAGUGUGCUACCACGGAGGACGCAAUAAGGCCGCUCUCCCCAUGAACCUCAUGCAGACGCUUUCCAAUUACCUCCAGGAGAGCUUCGUGGAGAUCUCCCAUGAGGAUUUCUGUUCUAUCCCCAGACAUAUUGACGCUCUUUUCCAGGGGGAGAGACACCAUCCCUGUGGUGAGUGUGGGAAGAGGUUCAGCUGCCCCUCAGAUCUCAGCGAUCACCAGAGGUUGCACGCUGCCGAGAGGCGCUAUUCCUGCCCUGAAUGCAGGAAAGGAUUCAAUCACCCCUGCGAACUGAGCAGGCACCUGCGAAUGCACACGGGUGAGCGCCCCUUCCCCUGCCCUGAGUGUGGGAAGGGGUUCAGCCAGAGCUCGGAUCUCAACAAGCACCUGCGGGUACACACGGGUGAGCGGCCCUUUCCCUGUGCUGAGUGCGGGAAAAGGUUCAGCAAUAGGUCGGAUCUCAACAAGCACCUGCGGGUGCACACGGGCGAGCGGCCCUAUCCCUGCACUGAGUGUGGGAGAAGCUUUAGCCAGGUCUCCGCACUCACCCUACACCAGAGAACCCACACGGGAGAAAGACCCUACAAACCGUAUGAAUGUCCUGAGUGCGGGAGGAGCUUCACUCGCAACUCACACCUUAUUGUGCAUCACAGGAUCCACACAGGAGAGAGGCCCUAUGACUGCCUGGACUGUGGGAAGGGGUUCACUCAGGGUGCCGACCUGACAAAGCACCAGAGAACCCACACGGGAGAGAGACCCUAUCGCUGCCCCGACUGCGGGAAACAGUUUGCCACUUUCUCCUCCCUUAUUUCACACCGGAGACUGCACACAGGAGAGAGACCCUACAAAUGCCCCGAGUGUGGGAAAAGCUUCACUGCCAGCUCCAACCUUAUUGUGCACCAGAGAACCCACACUGGGCAGAGGCUCUGGACAUGCCCUGACUGUGAGAAAAGCUUCAGCGUGAGCUCCAACCUUAUCGCCCACCAGAGGAUCCACACGGGAGAGAGACCCUAUAAAUGCCCCGAGUGCGGGAAAGGGUUCACUCGGAGCUCCCACCUCGUUUCCCACCAAAGAAUCCACACGGGAGAGAGACCCUAUGAAUGCCUCGACUGUGGGAAGAGCUUCAGCGAGGGCUCAGACCUUACUAAGCAUCAGAGGAUUCACACGGGAGAAAGACCCUAUAAAUUUCCUGAGUGUGGAGAAAGCUUCAGCCAGAGCUCCAGCCUGAUUAAACACCAGAGAGUCCACACCAGGAAAAAACCCCUAUAA